UGUUUAAAUCUGAUUGAUGUCACGUGAUUUGCUUAAGUCUAGGAGUGAAAAUAUUCGAAGAGCCACAAGACAAGUCGAAUUGCGUGAUGGCCCAGUGGGCUUCUUGCAGUCUUUGUGCGUGAAACCUAAGAGUCGGAAACCCUAGCUAUUAAAUACCUCCGUAAGCAGCAGAAGAUCUCAGAAGAAGAAAAGAGAAGAUGCAGAUUUUCGUGAAAACCCUCACGGGCAAGACAAUCACCCUUGAGGUUGAGUCUAGUGACACCAUCGACAAUGUCAAGGCUAAGAUUCAAGACAAGGAAGGAAUUCCACCGGAUCAGCAGAGGCUGAUUUUUGCAGGGAAGCAGCUGGAAGAUGGCCGUACCCUCGCUGAUUACAACAUUCAGAAAGAGUCUACUCUGCAUCUGGUGUUGAGGCUUCGUGGAGGAAUUAUUGAACCGUCUUUGGUAGCUUUGGCUAGGAAGUUUAACCAAGAAAAAACGAUAUGCCGCAAGUGCUAUGCUCGCUUGCACCCUCGAGCUGUCAACUGCCGCAAGAAGAAGUGUGGGCAUAGCAAUCAGUUGAGGCCAAAGAAGAAGAUCAAGUAGAUGAUGCAUCUGAAGGUUUUCAGGGCCAUUGUUGGGCCUGCUUCACUGUUGUCUGUAUGUUUUGUGUUGUGACUGUUGUCUUGAAUUAUCGAUAUGGAUCUUGGUACUCUAAAAUGUAAUUGCAUCAAGUUUGAUGCUGUUUUAUUCCUGUUUUUGUUGAACUUUUUAGCAAACUUUUAACAUUAUAUGCACAUCGGGAUCAAAUGCGAUUACUAUUUACUACUACUAUUAAAUCUAAGAUGCUUGAAAUGCACGCUCAUUAGUGUGCCGGUUUGAACUUUGAAAUCCAACUAUUAGUGAGCUCCC